AAGUGUUCAAUCCUCAGUUCAGAGCAGUCUGGUUAUUACUGAGUUAAGAUUAUCUUCUGUGCUGAAGCAAAUAUUAACUUAUCUGUAUCAGGGUCACACCUCACUGACUGAAAACUGGGAUUAUAGCACAGAAACACAUCAUCUACAGGUGCGGAUUUCUGCUGACUGACUGCGUCUGAAGAGGCUGGACUGAUGGCUCAAUAUGACCAACUGGAGGAUAAAGACUCGCUGGACAUCCACGAUAACCCUCCAGCGCCAGAGAAUGUGGUGAAAGAGGACGACAACACUGUGUAUUUUGUGUAUGAUGAAGAGGUGGAGGAAGAAGAAGCUCCUCCGCCACCCACCCCGGAGCCCAUAGUCCAGGUCAACGACAAACCACACAAAUUCAAGGACCACUACUGCAAGAAACCCAAGUUCUGUGACGUCUGCGCACGGAUGAUUGUUCUCAAUAAUAAGUUUGCGCUGCGCUGUAAAAACUGCAAGACCAACAUCCACCACUCCUGCCAGUCAUACGUGCAGUUCCAGAGAUGCUUCGGCAAAAUACCUCCUGGGUUCAGACGGGCGUACAGCUCUCCUCUCUAUGACCAGGAGAUCAAUAACCCGGGUCAGCAGAACCGCACAGAUCCGGUGUUCGACACGCUGAGAGUCGGAGUGAUCAUGGCCAAUAAAGAGAGGAAGAAAGGCUCAGAGGACAAGAAGAACAUGAUGAUGAUGAUGAUGGAGGAGGAGGAAGCUCAACAGCCCAAAGAGGAUGAAGAGGGCGCUGAGGGGAAGCAAGAUGGAGACAAGAAAGACAAAACCGCAACAGAUGACAAGAACAAGAAGCAGCAGCAGACCUUCAGUCAGUCGCAUUAUUAUAUGGCUCUGUAUCGCUUUAAAGCCAUCGAGAAAGAUGAUCUGGACUUCCAUCCAGGAGAUCGUAUAACUGUUUUGGAUGACUCUAAUGAGGAGUGGUGGAGGGGCAAGAUUGGUGAGAAGACGGGUUAUUUACCCAUGACCUACAUCAUCCGGGUUCGAGCUGGCGAGCGGGUUUAUAAAGUGACCCGAUCAUUUGUGGGAAACCGAGAGAUGGGCCAGAUCACCCUGAAGAAAGACCAGAUCGUGGUGAAGAAAGGAGAGGAGGUGAACGGAUAUUUGAAGGUCAGCACUGGCCGUAAACUGGGCUUCUUCCCUGCGGAUCUGCUGCAUGAGCUCUGAUGAUCAGCAGAGAAGGAUGAAGAGAGAUGGAGCAUGCACACAGCGGCUGCGUUACACUCCACUUUUACACACACACUCACAAACAUCCCUUCACUUGUUCCCUCAGCGAAAUCCCUGCCGCUAUUAUGAAGUACAUACCUGUUCAUCAAGUGAACGAGUGAAGAUUUAGAUGUUGACCCUAGCUUUUGUCAGAUUUUUCAAGUCUGGUUCAUAUGUCCAAUAUAUGUCCUAGAAUGCGAUGUGAUUGUGACGUCUCAACAGUGUAGUGCUCAAGUGCUCAAGGGCUUAGGGCACUCCAUUUAAACCCAUUCAGAUGCUCCGCCAGUAGUGGACACAUAUGUAACCUCAUUAAUGCUGUACAUCCAAGGGAACGAGAUGAAGGGAAGUUAGUGAGUCAAGAACAUAAAAUAUUGUACUGGAACGCAGCCCCGGUGUCAUUUCAACACACAAUACACUCUUCCAAAUAAAUGUGCCAUGAAGAGCCAAA